AUGGGUGGGGGGUGGGGACUGCCCCGGCUAGCACUCCGGCCCCAGCUCCCCGGCUCCGCGGACGCCGGCCACGGCUCGCACCCCAGCCCCAGCUCCGAGGACCCCGGCUCCGAGGACCCCGGCCCCAGCUCGCAUCCCAGCUCCGAGGACCUCGGCCCCAGCUCCCAGGACCCCGGCUCCGAGGACCCCGGCCCCGAACUCAGGGUCCUUCCUAGGACGCCAGCCCCUCUCCGAGGACCCCGCUACCGGCUCGCACUCCCGCCCCCAGCUCUAGGACCCCGGCCUCCGCUAGCACCCCGGUCGGGCUCCGGAGACCGAGCGCGAGAGCGGGGCAGGAAGGAGGAGACCAGUGGGCAGCGGGAGGGGGUGGCACCCGCGCCCAGUCUGGACCCCCGACCCAGCCCGCCGCGCACCCUGAACCCUGACGCCCCGCCGCUCACCUCAGCUAGCGGGCCGCUCGCCGCCGCCGCCGCUCAGAUCUCCCUCUGCGCCCGCGCCAGCGUAUCGCGAGACGUGCCGCCGCAUUCUCGCGAGACCUGA